AUGUCAGCUCCGCGCAGCGUCGCCGCUGCUCUGCGCAGGACAAGACUGUCGUCUCGUUGUCGAUUUACACCACAGACCAUCAUUGCACCGAUCUCGGUCAACACUGCUCGUUCUUUCAGCAUCACCACCACCAACCGCGCAGAUGCCUCCCGCAAAAUCAAACUGACCGCCGCGUCAUACCCUCAGCUCAAAAGAAACCCUAAUUUCGCCGAGGUCACAAAAGAGCAUGUACAAUACUUCAAAGAGCUUCUCGGCACCGACUCCGCGCUCAUCGAUGGUGUCAAUACCGAUGCUACUGACGACCUAGCUGCCUUCAACAGCGAUUGGAUGCGCAAAUACGGAGGCCAGACACGCCUUGUCCUGAAACCACAGACUACGGAGGAAGUGAGCAAGAUAUUGAAGUACUGCAAUGAGCAUAAAUUGGCUGUUGUGCCUCAGGGCGGCAAUACGGGUUUGGUGGGAGGUUCUGUGCCCGUGUUUGAUGAGAUUGUCAUAAAUACCGCGCGAUUGAAUCAGAUUCGCUCUUUUGAUGAGGAGUCUGGUGUUCUUGUUGCUGAUGCUGGUGUUAUCCUUGAGAUUGCAGAUGCACAUGUCGGUGAAAAGGGAUACCUCUUCCCAUUGGAUCUUGGAGCUAAGGGAUCGUGUCACAUUGGAGGAAACGUUGCAACUAACGCUGGUGGCUUACGUCUUUUGCGUUAUGGAAGUCUCCAUGGAAAUGUUUUGGGGCUGGAAGCUGUCUUGCCGGAUGGAACCAUUAUUGACAGUUUGUCCACUCUCCGUAAGAACAACACAGGCUACGACUUUAAGCAACUAUUCAUCGGUGCCGAGGGAACCAUUGGUAUUAUCACCGGUGUCUCUAUCUUGUGUCCACCCCGUGCCAAGGCUGUUAACGUUGCUUACUUUGGUUUGGAGAGUUUCGACCAAGUCCGAAAGGCAUUCCGUGAAGCUAAGGGCCAACUGUCCGAGAUCCUCUCUGCCUUUGAAUUAAUGGACGGCAGAAGCCAGGCUCUAGUGAAGGAAUCUACCGGCAACAAGGCCCCUCUUGAAGGCGAAUACCCAUUUUACUGUCUGAUUGAGACCAGCGGCUCCAAUGCCGAACAUGACACUGCCAAAUUGGAAUCGUUUCUAGAACACGUCUUGGGAGAAGGCAUCGUCGCCGACGGGGUCCUCGCUCAGGACGAGACACAAAUUCAAUCUCUCUGGCGCUGGCGUGAAGGCAUCACCGAGUCUUUGAGCCAUCUCGGAGGAACUUACAAAUACGACGUCUCCAUCCCACUCCCUGAACUCUACCAGCUCGUCGAGGACACCAAAACUCGUCUCACUGAGAAGGGUCUUGUGGGCGAUGACGACUCCUUUCCCGUCCGCGCUGUAGUCGGAUAUGGCCAUAUGGGAGACUCCAACCUGCACUUGAAUGUGGCCGUACGACAGUACACCAAGGAAGUCGAGGAAGCCAUUGAGCCGUGGGUUUACGAGUGGAUUGCCAAGCGCAACGGCAGUAUCAGCGCAGAGCACGGAUUAGGUGUUGCAAAGAAGGAGUUCAUUGGGUAUAGCCAGAACGACACGAAUAUAAAGCUUAUGAAGCAGUUGAAGGAUUUGUACGACCCGAAAAUGUCUCAUACAGCUCUCAUCACCGGCGCAACCGGCCUACUAGGCCGCGAAGUCACCAAAUCCUUCAAACAGGCGGGAUGGUUAACCGUAGGGCAAGGAUUCAAUCGAGCCGCCCCGCCAACGAUUCUGAAAGCGAAUCUAGAGGAUCCGGCGGAUGUGAAGAGGAUACUUGAUGAAGCCAAACCGCAAGUUGUUGUGCAUUGCGCCGCGAACCGCCAACCAGACGCCUGCGAAAAGAAUCCCGAACAAGCCCGCAAAAUCAACGUCGAGGCAACACGCAUCCUAGCAGAAGGCACAAACGCGCGAGGGAUUUUGCUCAUCUACAUCUCUACAGAUUAUGUUUUUGCCGGCCGCGAAGGCGAAGCACCUUACGAAACUGAUGCAAAGACCAGUCCCACCAAUAUCUAUGGUGAAAUGAAACGGGACGGUGAAGAGGCCGUUCUAGAAGCUACCAAGGAGAGCGGCACGGGUGUCGUCCUGCGCGUCCCCGUGCUGUAUGGACCGACAGAAUACAACGGUGAAAGCGCCGUGAACACGAUCUUGGAUGCCGUCGAAAAGAGUAAAGAUGCCAACGCAAACCUCAAAAUGGAUGAUUGGGCACGCCGGUUUCCGACAAAUACACAAGACGUGGGACGGGUAUGCAACGACAUCGCUGUGCGCUACAUCAAGGAUAAGCACAAUUUGAAAAACUUACCUAAGAUCCUCCAUUUCUCGGCAGAGGAGGAUAUGACCAAGUACGAAAUUGCGCAAAGGUUAGCGAAGAUAUUGGGGGUGGAGAUUCCGGGGAUGGUUGCGAAUAAGGAAGGGAAUGAUCCGAAUGCUGCGGUUCAGAGGCCGUAUAACACGCAUCUGUCGACCAAGGUGUUGAAGGAUGUUGGGAUUAAUGUGCAGGCGAUGAAGUUUGAUGAUUGGUGGAAAGCAUACUUGAAGAAGUAA